CUCGGCGGGCGCGGAGCGCUCUCGCUCCGUCUCCGCACCCCCAGCCCCGGCUCCGCGGCGGCGGCGGUGGGAGUCUGCAGGGCGCUCGCCCCAGGCGCCUCCGCAGCUGACAGCGGCCUCGGCAGCAGCGAGCUCGCGUCCCGGGCCCGCUGUCCUGCGGCCCCGGGUCCCCGCGUCCCUUGUCGCCCAUCCCGCCCCUCCCUCCCCCAUGGAGCCGCUGCUGCGGGCCGAGCUGCGCACCACGACCCUGCGCGCCUUCGGGAGCCCGGGCGCCGGCUGCAUCAGCGAGGGGCGCGCCUACGACACCGAUGCAGGCCCCGUGUUUGUCAAGGUCAACCGCAGGUCGCUGGCCCGGCAGAUGUUUGAGGGGGAGAUGGCGAGCCUGGAGGCUCUUCGGAGCACCGGCCUGGUGCGGGCGCCUCGGCCCAUCAAGGUGAUUGACCUGCCUGGAGGUGGGGCGGCCUUCGUGAUGGAGCAUCUGAAGAUGAGGGGCCUGAGCAGCCAGGCAGCAAAACUUGGAGACCAGAUGGCAGAGCUGCACCUUUACAACCAGAAGCUCGGGGAGAAGUUGCGGGGGGAGGAGAGCAGAGUGGGUCAGAGGGCUGAGGGUGCCGGGCCGCAGCAUGUGACCAAGUUUGGCUUCCACACGGUGACCUGCUGUGGCUUCAUCCCGCAGGUGAACGAGUGGCAGGACGACUGGCCAACCUUCUUCACGCGGCACCGGCUCCAAGCACAGCUGGACCUCAUUGAGAAGGACUAUGCUGACCGAGAGGCACGAGAACUCUGGUCACGGCUGCAGGUGAAGAUCCCGGAUCUGUUUUGUGGCCUAGAGAUUGUCCCCGCCCUUCUUCACGGGGACCUCUGGUCCGGAAACGUGGCGGAGGACGACUUGGGGCCCGUCGUGUAUGACCCGGCCUCCUUCUACGGCCACUCUGAGUUCGAACUGGCCAUUGCCUUGAUGUUCGGGGGUUUUCCCAGGCCCUUCUUCACCGCCUACCACCGGAAGGUCCCCAAGGCUCCCGGGUUUGACAGGCGGCUGCUGCUCUACCAGCUCUUUAACUACCUAAACCACUGGAACCACUUCGGGCGGCAGUACAGGAGCCCGUCCCUGGGCACCAUGCGGAAGCUUCUCAAGUAGCAGCCAGCUCCGUCCCGUCCCGGCUCAGACGCCUCGCAAAGCUGGGGCCGCAGUGCCGGAGGGACUUCAGGACAAUAAAGCCCUUGGGGUCUCGGGGAUGGAACCGCG